UACGCCAAAGUUAGUAGUUGCACUGCGGCCAGCCAGGUAGCUUACGUAGCCUUCACCGCUUGAUUGCUGCGGCUCUUUCCAUCACUGGCGCGUCUAAUUUUAAGACCUGGAAUAGGCUACUUGUCUAAUAGCACCUAUUUACCUAUAGCCUAAAAAUUAUUUGAUUUGUUUUCCGGUUUUCUUAUUAUGUCUUGGUGGAACGCAUAAGCUAAGUCGUCAUAGGUUAAGGCUAUUUAGGGAUAGUUUUAGAGCAAGUUAGCUAUUAUUUGCAUCAGCAGUUAGCUUUCAAGCUAAAUUAAGAAGUCUGUUUUGAUGCCUGAUUUUGAGCAUUUCAGAUUUUCAUACUCAAGCAUGAAUCCAUUAUUGGGGGAGAACUCGUUCCUGGUUCAGCAACAGCAGCACAACCAGAUGGGGAGCCAUUCUGAUUAUUCCAUGACAGGCCUAGACUCAUACGGUGCAGCUGACUCAGGCUUCAUCUUGGGCGAGCACAACGGGUUUGGACAAGAUGGCAUAUCUGGCCUGGACAUAAAUUCGCUGCCAACUUCAGGACUCGCUUAUUUGCACCAGAACAACAUGCACCGUGCACCGCCGCCCCCCGCAGCGAUGGCCCUGCGUAACGACUUGGGUUCCAACAUCAGUGUUCUCAAAACCUUGAAUUUGCGCUUCCGUUGCUUUUUGGCUAAAGUUCAUGAACUGGAGCGUCGGAAUAAAGCUUUGGAGAAGCAGCUUCAACAGGCUUUGGAAAACAAUGAGGACAAUUCAGAAGGACACGGGAAAAAGCCAUUGACUAAGGAAAUGGGAGUCCAGACUGGUUUCGUAGGGCCCAUCGCAGUUAGGCCCGGACAUAUCCCACUCCAGAACGUCAAUAACUCUGCAUACCUGCCUGGGGGUCUUCUCUCUCCAUCACUCAACAGGCCCACAACUCCCUCCUUUGAGUCCAACAGCAAAUCAGUAUUUAGGAACUUGACUCUGACUGACUCGAAUUCCAACCUCAAUUCCAACCAACUCACUCCACAUAUUUGCCUCAGUCCUUUAUUAACCCCUACUGAUACUUCCAACCCUAUAUCCAACAUUAACGAGAAAUAUGUCAGUUCUGGGACUGGUAUGUCUACUAACCCACCUCCCCGCUUCCUUCCCGGCACCGUUUGGUCCUACAACCACGACCGCAGGUUUGGCACGGGGAGGGAGUCGCGCGUAACUGAUAUGGGUGUGCCUUGUGCCCAAACGGACGGAGUAGGUGUACAAAUCGACACCAUCACCCCUGAGAUACGGGCCCUGUACAACGUGUUGGGCAAGGUGAAACGAGAGAGGGAUGAGUAUAAAUGCAGAUGGGAGGAAGAGUACACAGUCAGAGUGGACCUCCAGGAGAAAGUGGCUGAGCUGGAGGAGGACCUCCAGGAGAGUGAGGUGUGUCAGGAUGAGCUGGCCCUCAGGGUGAAACAGCUGAAAGCUGAGCUGGUCCUCUUCAAAGGCCUUAUGAGCAACAACCUGUCGGAUCUGGACAGUAAGAUCCAGGAGAAAGCCAUGAAGGUGGACAUGGACAUCUGUAGACGCAUCGACAUCACAGCUCGCCUGUGUGAUGUGGCCCAGCAGAGGAACUGUGAAGACAUGAUCCAGAUCUUCCAGAUGGCCACACCUCCUUCCACUCUGACCCGCCGGCCCCGGAAACAGGCAGCCCAAUCGGUUAAAGGCGGCGACGGGGACGAACCAACCAGCAUCUCUGAGAGCGAGGCGGGCAAGGAUGAGGAGUCGUGUAGCACGUCAGCCAAUCAGAUCAACGAGGAAAUGCAGAGGAUGCUGAACCAGUUGAGGGAGUGUGAGUUUGAGGACGACUGUGACAGCCUGGCCUGGGAGGAGACUGAGGAGACUCUGCUGCUGUGGGAGGACUUCCCAGGAUACACUCUGGGGGCAGUGGAGACACAGGGGGAGCAGCAGGAAGAGUCCAUAGAGAAGGUAAUACAGGACACAGAGUCCCUCUUCCAGACCAGAGAGAAGGAGUAUCAGGAGACCAUCGACCAGAUCGAGUUGGAGCUGGCCACGGCUAAGAGUGACAUGAACCGACACCUGCACGAGUACAUGGAGAUGUGUUCCAUGAAGCGAGGCCUGGACGUGCAGAUGGAGACGUGCAGGAGACUCAUCACCCAGAGUGGAGACAGGUAUCAGACACCUCCGCAUGGUGCUGAACACUCUAAACGCUCAAAAAGAUACCCUAGGAAGUCUCCCCCUCUCGUUACUGCGGCCAUGGAGGACUCUGAUGAUGGAGGGAAGGAGAGGAGUAAGGUGUCCCCACCCGCAGACUCUGAAAGUGAUGAACCCUACUGUGACACCAAGGUUAAUAGUGGUACGGUCCCUCACUUACCAUGGAGGAAGUCCUAAUCCUUACUGAUGAUGCCCUGUAGAUGUACCAUAGUCUGGAUAGUGCUGUUGUUUACAUUCUUUUUGCCAUAAAUGAUGUAAAGCCAGCAGACUCUUUCCAGGGCCAUAAAUCACCACUGCCCUCUUGUGGUUCAGGUUAUUACAACACCUAAUCUGAUAGGACUAAAUGGCAUUUAGAAAAGGAAAUCAAUUGGAUUUCUUAACAUUGUGAUAUUUCUAUGAUAUGAACGAUCAAAAUAUAUACAAUUUUGUUAAGUUUGCCCAUUGAUCUUGCUAUAUGUAUCAAGAUUCAACCGAAAACAAUUUGCACACGGUUUUUGUGGAAUAAAGGCCUUAUGUUACAUUGCAGUUACAGAUUUGAAACAUCAGCAGAAUUUUUGAAGGCAAACAACAACAAAAAAUGCACCAUUGGCGAAAAAUUGUCACAGCAUAAGUCAUUAUCUAGCAGUCUGUCACAUUUGAACAAAAUGAACAUUUGCAGUUUGCUAAAGGGAAAGGGCCUAGCUGUUGAUAGCCAUCGAUGAAAAUCUAUUUUCUUUAUAGUUAAUAUCCUUCUCAUUCCAUUUUCCCCAUUUUGAAAGUAUGGAUACAAUUUCUGAGAAGCAUAUAGAAAGAUUCAAGGAUGUAAAGCCUUUUUAAUCAAUCUCACAACAUUCAUAUGUACACAUGUUAUUAACAGAGGUUCACAACAUUCGUAUGGACACAACAUGUUAUUAUCAGAGAGGUUCACAACAUUCGUAUGGACACAACAUGUUAUUAUCAGAGAGGUUCACAACAUUCGUAUGGACACAACAUGUUAUUAUCAGAGAGGUUCACAACAUUCGUAUGGACACAACAUGUUAUUAUCAGAGAGGUUCACAACAUUCGUAUGGACACAACAUGUUAUUAUCAGAGAGGUUCACAACAUUCGUAUGGACACAACAUGUUAUUAUCAGAGAGGUUCACAACAUUCGUAUGGACACAACAUGUUAUUAUCAGAGAGGUUCACAACAUUCGUAUGGGCACAACAUGUUAUUAUCAGAGAAGUUCACAACAUUCGUAUGGACACAUGUUAUUAACAGAGAGGUUCACAACUUUGUUAUUUACUUUGCUUGGUUACAUAUUCAUGCACUUUAUUUAUUUCAGCCCUUUUUCAUUCCUCAUUGAAAUUCAGAUAGCUACAGUAUUUUUUUUAAAAUUAAUAAAUAACUUAUUUUUAUUGCUAUUUGUUUUCUAUUACAAUUGCAACAAUGAAAGUUGAUAUUUUUUUUAUUUUUUUUAUGAAAUGCCCAGCAUAAUAUUAUGUCGUUUUGCAAAGACAAUUCACAAAAGCCAUCGAUAUAAUUAUUCUCAAAAGUUUAGAGUUAAAAGAAAACCAUUGGGACCAUUAGCUUUGUACAGUCAUGCACAUUGCUGUAAUCCCAAACUAGAACCAAACAUAGGAGCAUACUGCAUGUGGAUAGUGUUGAUAUCACAACCCACAUAAACGCGUCCUAUAAAAGCACUCACUCAAUGCAAGUGAAAACAUACCCAGUCAGCAGUGAAUUCAUCUUCACCUGCAAUGGGGGGAAAAAAGCUCUCUGAUUAACCAACGGUGAAUCAGACUGCCGUUUGGUGCGCUUUUUUUAAAUGGAGAGCCUAAGAGGUAUGAGUUUAAAGGCCUCGGAAAAAGGGACAAGCUAGUAUACCUGUUGGUGUGAUAUUAAUCCUAUUCAGGUCGAUAAAACAUACUGCUAGCAGGCGAAUAACUGCUUUAGGAGCUUGUUCAAGGUCACUCGGGAACGGUGACAAGUUUAACGUAGCGCGCAACCUUCAUUUAUCUGAGCCUGGGUAGACCACCGAGAGUGUGUUUAACCAUUUGCUUUGUGAGAUCUGUGGUGCUGUGGUUGUAGCAACAUUUCAUUGCACUUGAACAUGCUCAAUGUUUACAGUUGGAGGAAAACGUAAACAACAAUCUAAGGGCUCGAUUCAAUCAGCGCAGAAGAUCGGCCUUUAUCGCACGAUUGACAUUCAAAGGUUUCUGUGUUCGCGGAGACCGCACAUUCACCGUAAACGCUACUCAUGUCGGCUCAAUUGAAAAUGACCUUUAAAUUUCAACCACACGAUUCAAUCGGGCCGCUCCUUUGUUUAUUGAUGUCUGAACGCGUCUUGUAAAAAAAAAAUCCCCCUACUUUGUACAGUUUUGUAAAUCUCCACAUCUAAAGUUGCACAAAAUGAUCUGUGUUGAACAGUAAUUGUGACGCUGUGUACAAAUGCUCAAAUAUAACAUCUUCACUAGCUGUUAGCCUACUGAAUGUAAAUAACAUGUAAGUGUACGCUGUGAAGACGAAGCCAUGUAAGAGAUUUCAGACAGUAUGGCUGAAAAGGUGUCCCAUUGUAUUGAGAGUGUCUUUGGGUGUUCUCAUGGAUACACAAACAGCUAGUAUACCUGUUGGUGUGCAUGUAUGUAGGUUACCUCUGGAUAUUAUUUUGUGCAGGGUUUAAAAUGACACAUUGUGAGUUUCUGAGAUACACUGCUUUGCGCAGAAUCUAAUUCAUGGGUUAUAAUUGAUGGGUCUAAUUGAUGGGUUAUAUACUACUUCUGGCAGUAUGAAUAUUUGUCUUGUGUAUCUUAAACAUUCACAUUGACUCUUGGGAAUGCCUUAGCAGUAGGCUAGACCAUCUAUACACUAUAUAUACAAAUGUAUGUGGACACCCCUUCAAAUUAGUAGAUUCGGCUAUUUCAGCCACACAUGUUGCUGACAGGUGUAUAAAAUCGAGCACACAGCAAUUCAAUCUCCAUAAACAAACAUUGGCAGUAGAAUGGCCCGUACUGAAGAGUUCAGUGACUUUCAACGUGGCUCCGUCAUAGGAUGCCACCUUUCCAACAAGUCAGUUCAUCACAUUUCUGCCCUGCUAGAGCUGCCCAGGUCAACUGUAUUGUGAAGUGGAAACCGUCUAGGAUCAACACAGUUGAUCGUCUGUCCUCGGUUGCAACUCUCACUACCGAGUUCCAAACUGCCUCUGGAAGCAACUUCAGCACAAGAUUUAUUUGUCGGGAGCUUCAUGAAAUGGGUUUCUAUGGCCGACCAGCCUAAUAUCACCAUGCACAAUGCCGGCUGGAGUGGUGUAAAGCUCGCCGCCAUUAGACUCUGGAGCAGUGGAAAGGCGUUCUCUGGAGUGAUGAAUCACGCUUCACCAUCUAGCAGUCCGACGGAUGAAUCUGGGUCUGGCGGAUGCCAGGAGAAUGCUACCUGCCCCAAUACAUAGUGCCAACUGUAAAGUUUGGUGGAGGAGGAAUAAUGGUCUGGGGCUGCUUUUCAUGGUUCGGGCUAGGCCCCUUAGUUCAAGGGAAAUCUUAACACUACAGCAUACAAUGACAUUCUACACGAUUCUGUGCUUCCAACUUUGUGGCAACAGUUUGGGGAAGGCCCUAUCCUGUUUCAGCAUGACAAUUCCCCCGUGCACAAAGCGAGGUCCGUACAGAAAUGGUUUGUCAAGAUCGGUGUUGAACAACUUGACUGGCCUGCACAAGGCCCUGACCUCAACCCUAUCGAACACCUCUGGGAUGAAGUUUAACACUGACUGCGAGCCAACUCCAUGUAACUGGCCAUUAUUUCAGAAUGAGAUGUUCGACGAGCAGGUGUCCACAUACUUUUGGUCAUUUAGUGUAGCAUCUGCAAGUAGUGCACAAAAGGCACAAAUCUGGUAGCCAAAGUUCCAGAAAUGCAUGACAAAAGGAGACAUCUAUUGGCCUACACGUGAUGAUAAUAAUAAACAGAGAUAUCCACAUACUGCACCUUUGGCCAUGUAGUGUAUGUCUGUCUAUAACAAUUGCAGGAAUUGUUUCAGAGUUUACUUGUUCAACCUCUCUGGGGAUUCAAAACAUAUCUUUCAUAUGAUAAAAACAUGAAUGUCUGCCUAGUCAUUUCUCUAAUCUUUACCGCAAAAAACGUAAACAUAGACGAAUGUACAGAAAGAAGCAAACCACACAGCAAAAGCAGUCUGAAGACUUCUAUCACUAUAGCGACCAAUAGACUACCAUACCUCUUCAUGCAACUGUGUACAGAAGCUCAGCAAGUAAACUUUUGAAAAAAAAUCUAAAUGUAAAUAAAUCCAUCUGUUGAAAUGUGAAUAUUAGUAACAGCUGUGAAAUAACACGAUUGUAUGUCGUCAAAGAGUUAAACAUGACAUGUCCAGUCUCAACAUUAUUUGAAACGCAGGUGAUUUUUUCCCCAAUAUGAAUUUGUCAAACAGCAGUAUUGUAAAGGAAGAUUAGAAUGAUAUAAGGGGUUGCAAACUAUGAUCUGGGACUGUGUGUACACUGUAUCUGUGUUACUGAUCAACCUCUAGGUUUCUGGAAACAAUCUGUCAAUGUAUUAAUGGAAGUGGUGUACAGAAUAAAAUGUCUUGAAGGAGACUGUGGUCCCUG